CUAGUAGACAUGCAUUGAUCAUUCAUGACAGAACCACUCCAAUACUGUCUUCAUUUGUUCACGAUCUUGGUGAAAAACACAAAGACAAGCAAAAGUUUACUGGGAAUCAAGAACUGGAUCAGUUUUACGAGGUCCCACAGAAAAUUGUCGAGAGAUUUUUUUGAAAUUCACUCGCUGAGAAAAAAGGAUACUUUAUUUUACGGUUUGACAAGAAAUAUGAACAUGUUUUUGUUUUAGCGUKAGUAAAUGAAUUCAAAAUUAUUAUUUUUUUGAUAUUGGAACAAGCGAAAUCUUAGGACUGAGGAUUGCAAUUUCGCAACAGCAGCAGGGUCUUUGUUUGUGAACAUCUGGAAUUAAGAUUUCAAUAAAGAUGGAAGCAGAGAGGAGAAGGAUUAACUAUCGCAGGAAUAAGAAUAAUUCAGAGUAUUUACAACUUCUGGACGGUAAUCAAAAGCGUAGCAAGGUGAAUAUUCUACAACGACCAAAUAUGAAAAACAAUCUGGUGAACAAUUCUUCAACAUCUCAGCUACCACGCGUGAACACGAACUCCUUUCCCAGAGCAAGAAAGGAAAAAGACGAUGGAUAUCUUAUCGAAAGAAAAAAAUGGAACACACACAACUCUUUAUCCAAGGAAUUAUCGAGGCAGACAUCAACUAUAGAUAAUUAUUCAUCCGGAUCACGAGGAUUUCACGCCAGAGAUCGAAUUGUAUGUCCGUCGUUGAAAAACAGAAUAUCCUUUCCACUGAUUAGCUCAGUCGAUAGACGAGUUUUAGACUCGUUGGGAAGUUACGAAUCUGCAUCCUCGAAUCUGAAGAGAAAAGAUUUCUUUUUAAGUGACUCGGCGCUGGCAAUACGAUCUAUUGAACUCAAGCCCCGCCAAACAAAAAAGGCACRAAAGUCUAAAACCCCGCCAAAGCUGCCUAACGAAUCAGAAACAAAGCUCAGUGACCCUAUUUUUCCAAGUCUAUCCAGGAACGARAAAAUCGAACCUUUGUAUAUGUUCUCCUCGCCAUUGUUUUCUCUGUCAGAUGAUGGGGAAUCCUUGGCGCCUUUUCUAGAUGGCAUUUCUCUAUCUCCACCACCCCCAUCAGAAUUAUCUUUCUCAUCCCCUUCACAUUCGCCGUUAUUUUUUUCACCAAGCUACGAUUUUCUAGACUAGAUUGAGUCAGAGCGCUGCGUUGGUUUAUCUUAUACUGAUCAACUGACAUCACACCUGCACUAUACUAAAGCCUUGUACAUCGUUCUCUAUAAAAUUCAUUCGCAUAAAAAAAAAGCAUUAGCAUUUGGCUUUAUUCAAGAGUAUAUCUGUAUGUAAAGGAACCUGGAACGAAGUCGUGGGCGAAGGAAACAGAUGGAUAAAAAAACUGUACGGAUUUUUUGAUUUUAAAAGCGAAAUUCACUUGUUAAAUUGAAGUAGGUAGCUUUAUCUUAUAACAUUAUUCUAUCGUGGAAUCCUGUCAUGAAAUCAUAACAUUCGAUAGAAACAAAUGUCAAUUCUCAAAGUUYAUAUUGUUUUGUCUAUGAAACAGCAAUAGAAAUGCAAAAAUGUCAAGACAAAUGAUAUUACAUAACGUGUACUUUGAUUCAAGGUUUGACCGGGUAAAAAAAAACAAAAAACAAAAAAACAACAUUCGUUCAGUUGUCAAAUCAAUUUCGUAAAUCCUUCUAUAUGCGCUAGGGAAGAAUUUAAAAAAUAUCUAAAAGAUGUACUCUAGUUCAGCCCUACUCAUAUUAGCUUUAUUGAACGCCAAGAAUUCAUUUUUUCUAAGUUAAUACAUAGAUACCUUGAUGAACGUGAAUUUUUGAAAGAAAAACUUCAAUUAGCAAUACGCAGUUWAAAAUAUUUGACACUUGAAAAAAAGGCAAUUUUGUUCGUCAUUAUUUUUUCGCUUCGGAUUCUGAUUAUCGUUUGUGAAUAAAAUAUUCGAUUAGAGAUGUAAUUAAAUUUAUAGCAUAUCGUUGAUUGUAGUAAUGCUGACAACGCUUGCGACCCCCUACGUCUGUGCUAAUUGGCAGUAAUGUAUAUCGGACGGAUGUUACUUUUAUUCCUUAUUGUUAUUCUCGCUAAGCUGUUGGAAAGGAUUUCAAAAUUUAUUAUCAAGUCCCACGGCGUACAGACAUGUAAARAAAGGCAAAAAUAUUAUUUGAUUUUAGUUAUUUUUAGACGCGAGGAUGUUUUAUUCGAGUUGUCAUACUUCUUUAUAACGUGUUUUUUCUUUUUUUCCGCUUUCUCUCUUUUUCUGGUCUUAUUUUUCCUUCAUCUACCCAUCUAUUCUUCCAUCCAUCCAUCCAUCCAUCUUUCUUUCUUUGUUUCCUCCUUUUUUUCUUUCAUUCUUUCUUUUUUUAAUAGUCAUAAUUUAAAAUAGUGAAUUAUCACUUUCUUAAUAUUGUCUUAUACGCACUAUGUGUAUUUUAGCCUUUAAAAACUAGUUUCGUUGUUACAAACUCUUCAGUUUAGCUAGAACAGUAACGAUUCGUYGUUUACAUUCGUCAACCUCUUGAAUAUCAAAUAAAGAAUAA